GAGGGGGGGGAACCCGGGUGGCGGGCCGGCCCGGGCGGGGCGGGGCAGGUGGGGCCGCCGGGCGGGGCAGGGCGGCCGCGCCCGGCGCUAGGACCCCCGCCAGCGGCGGCCACGCGCUGGGGACCGUAGCCCUUCCCGCCGGGGGUCUGGGGCCUCCGGGCGGGGCCCCAUGGAGGACCUUAGCCUGGACAGCUGCGGAGAGGAGGACGCGGCGCCGGGCACCAAGGGGUGGCCCGCACCCCAGGCGAGGGUGCACUUCCGCGUGACAAGGUUCAUCAUGGAGGCAGGUGUCAAGCUAGGGAUGCAGUCCAUUCCCGUCGCCACCGCCUGUGCCAUUUACCAUAAGUUCUUCUGCGAGAUCAACGUGGACGCCUAUGACCCCUACUUGGUCGCCAUGUCUGCCCUUUACUUGGCUGGCAAAGUGGAAGAACAGCCCCUGCGAACCCGUGACAUCAUCAACGUGUCCAACAGGUACUUCCACCCAGGCAGCGAGCCCUUGGAGCUGGACUCCCGAUUCUGGGUGAUCCGGGACAGCAUUGUGCAGUGCGAGCUCCUUGUGCUGCGGGUACUGCGCUUCCAAGUCUCCUUUCAGCACCCACACAAGUACCUGCUCCACUACCUGAUUUCUCUCAAGAACUGGCUGAAUCGUUACAGCUGGCAACGGACCCCCAUCUCCGUCACUGCCUGGGCCCUGCUGCGGGACAGCUACCACGGGGGGCUGUGCGUCCGGUUCCAGGCUCAGCACAUAGCGGUGGCGGUGCUCCACCUGGCCCUGCAGGUCUAUGGGGUCCAGGUGCCCGCCGAGGCCGAGGCCGAGAAGCCAUGGUGGCAGGGGAAAGAAAAGAAAAAGAAAAGAAAUGACAAGAUGUCUAUCCCUGGGCUCCCUUCCCUCCCCGCUCCUGCUCCUCCUCAGCCUGCCAAGGACGGAGAACACUGGCUGGGAUGAGAUAGCAGGCCAGCCCCUCUCCAAUGAGGUGUUUAGUGACGACCUUACCAAGCCAAUCAUUGAUAACAUUGUGUCUGAUCUCAUUCAGAUUUAUACCAUGGACACAGAGAUCCCCUAAGGCCCUGGUCCAGGCCUGUCCAAAGAGAAGCCUGGGACGCUCGGCUGCCAGGGGACGGCGCCACCACAUCGCCGUGACCGCCGGUCCCCAGAGGACUGGCUGGGAGGACUGGUUUUGUGCUGCUGGAGAAGGGCCGGUGAAGGCGCUGACAUGCUGCCACUUUGAUUCUCAGGCUUUGACUGUCCCUGGCAGCCAUGGUCCAGAUGGUGACGGGAGCUGCACCUCCCGCGGGCAGGAGCGUGCUGCGGGCGGCUCUGAGGCCUCCGGGUCUGCUUUUGUCCUUUGAAAGGACGCAGACUACAGCCGAGGUUUGGGAUCAGUGGAAGGAAAAUCAAAGAACGGAUGGGACUGUGCCCCAGGGGAUUUUUUUAAAGGCCAGAUUUAGAGAAAGUAUGAAUGAACAUAGAGGAAAUUUUAUUUUGUUUAAUAAAAGAUAUUACAAAGCCA